AUUGUACAAGUUUAAAUAUAAAUCGGUAAGAUAUGUAUAAGUAUUUUAUGAUAAGAAUUAUUUAUUACUUUAUUUAGAUCAUACAGGAGGUCGUGAAAUGUGUUAUUUGUUACAGCAGUAUUAGCACCUUACAUUAGGAUAUUUCCACUGACAAGAGAAAAUAGUGAAUCAGAUGUGGCUAUAACACAGAUGUAACAAAUCAAGAAGAAAACAAAUGGCAACCGGAGGUCAACAACAGACGCUAGACAACCGUAUAUUUUUGUUUCGGUUACAAAUACUAGUCAUUGAUGGUGGCCUCCUGGUAUUGAGAAAUAUACUAUACCAGUCCCUGACAUCUAAAUCCAUAACGUUCACAGCGUGCUUGAAUCAAGAAAAGUCAACAAUAACACAUUUGAAAAGCCGCGGCGUUAUAACCCAGGUCCAAUAUGACGUGUUAUUUCCAGCGGGUGGUAAAGUCCCAGCUUCGUCAGAUUUGGACAUAACGCUUAUUAUUUGUCUUCUUAGAAACCUGAAAUGUUUCGGAUUAAAUAAAAAAUUUGACUGGAGUGCAACACCAGCACCAACCGAUGUAUCAAAGGAAGCAGACAUAUGUCGGUUAAAGGAUUACCGAAAUAAAAUAAGUCAUAUAUCAACAACGAUUGCAAUACAACAAAAUGAUUUUAAAGCUUGGUGGAAUGAGAUUGAACAGAUACUUGUUCGUCGAAGUUCUCCAGCUUUGAAUAUUCAGCAAACAAUAAGCGAAUUCAAAUCUUGCCCUCUUGAUCUGGAAGAAGAGAGAAGGAUACAGAAAGAAAUAAAAAAAUGGAAGGACUAUGAAGACGAUGUUGACCGACUAAAACAGGAAAUGACAGACUUAAAAGAAAAUGUUACUGACGUGAAAAAAAACAUAGAAGACGUAAAGAGAAAUGUAACUGAAGUGAACAAAGACCUUGGAGAUAUAAAGGAAAAUGUAACUGAUGUGAAAAAAGACCUAGAAGACGUAAAGGUAAAUGAUACUGCAAUGAAGAGAGACCUUGAAGACAUAAAGGAAAAUGUGACUGAUGUGAAGAAAGACCUAGAAGACGAAAAAGUAAAUAAUACUGCAAUGAAGAGAGACCUUGAAGACAUAAAGGAAAAUGUGACUGACGUGAAGCAAGACCUUGAAGACGUGAAAGUAAAUGAUACUGCAGUGAAGAGAGUUAUUAAAGACAUAAAGGAAAAUGUAACUAAUGUGAAAAAAGACCUUGAUGAGAUCAAAAUUCGGCAAGGGGCAGAGAAAAGUAACGAAACCGAUUCAUCAGUACAAACAGAGGAGAGAAAAUAUCAAAAUCGCAAGAAGGGUGUAAUAUGCCUUCCAAAACAGCCAGUAAAGAAAGGUGAGAAAGAAGUCACAGGGGAAGAGAGCAAGUUAACCCAGAACACAAGGGAAAAGACCAGCAAAAGUGGGUACAUGAAGAACGGCAGGAAAGAGGGAGAACAUGCCAUACGAAUACCGUCCGACAGCAUGUCGGAUAUCGCCCGGCAUUUGUCCGUAUACUUUACAGUCACUCUACGAUGGCUCUAAAACCGACCGGAUUACGGAAGGCAAUCGGGCAAUUACCGUACGAUACUCUGCCUAUUCACUAAAGAAUAUCAAUCGGUGUCAAGAAAGAAGAUGCCAAGUGUUUUCUCCGGGUGACCGGGUGAAUACACUACGGAAUCCGUCCGAAUAACUAGCGGACCACAGAGGGUGAAUGACCACCAUUUCUUUCCGGACAUGAUUGAAAUGUUUCUCUCCGAUCUAAAAUUAUCAACGGUGUCCCAUCGAUCUCUCUAUAUCGGCCGGUCCCCGCUUGUUAUGUGACGUAGGCAUAAACCUGUGUAUAUGGUCAGUACCGGCAAGUUCAAUAUAAAGGUUAUUAUAGCCUCUGUCCACAAGUUUAUGAAAACAGUCUGUAUAGUUACACAUAACAAUACUUUAGUGGGAUAUAACGGUAUUUAAUGCCUCUGUCAGCAAGUGGGAUUAAGAGAUUAAUAUACGACAGAGUAGGGCCGGAAGGUGAUAAUCGACCCGCAAAAUGAAUAAUGGUCCCGAUGGCUUCAGCCCGAAGGCAUUAUUCAUUUCAGGGCAUAUGGUCACUCUCUGGCACAAUUUAGACGUAUAAUGUCUUUAAUACACUUGGUAGAUCUAGUAGCAUUUUUCUUAAAAGAAAUACUUUGAAAUUUCUUGCGUUGAAAUUCCUGUCUGCAUUUCUACUGUACAGUACAGUAACUUCUACAGAGUUGUUUACUUUUUGUAUGUUCAAAGUUCACUUCUGUACUGUAGAAUCUAGAAGCAAGUUUUAAUAUUAUUAUUUUUUUUGGAAUGAAUUUGUCCUAUUAUUUCUUUAAAUUUCAAUAGUAAUAAAACUGUGUGUGUACGAAAUACGCUU